GACCAGCCUAUGGUCGAAAAAUGAUGACUGGGUAUUUGUCAUCAAAGGGAAUCUGGGCAUCAGAAGUUCGUGUGGGACAUAUGCUCAGGACUGUUAAUCAGCCUUAUCAUACAGAUCGGUGCCAUGGGGCCAAGAACCUGAAUCCAAUGCCUUACAAUGCAGAGUACAUGGGUCACAAACUACACAUGGACCAAAAUGAGAAAUUGGUCAUGUUUGGUGUGACUCAUGUGCUUGCUAUAGAUGGCUAUUCCAGCAAAAUUGUUGGACAUUCCACCAUGCCAGUUAAGAAUAACCUGCUCAUAUAUCAGGAUGUGUACAGAAAUUCUGUUUUACAACAUGGCAUUUGGGAUCAAAUCAGGGUGGAUCAUGGAAGAGAGUUUUUCUUGACUCUCUUUAUUCAGGAGAAAUUGGCAGGCCUUCGGUUUAAUACAGACAGACAGGCCUACAUUCAAUCACAUUCAACACAGAAUCACACGAUAGAAAGAAUCUGGCCAGAGGUGAACCAAAGAGUUAAUUAUCCACUGAAAGGGGCAUUACUUCAUUUAGUUGACCAGGAAGAGAUCGACAUGGAAGACAACUUGACCAAACACUGUAUGUCUUCCCUGACAUGUUCGGCAGCUCAAGUUGGCGUUGACAGAGUAGUGAAGUCAUGGAACGCACACAGGAUUCCAGGCAAAGGCAUACCUAAUCUGCUGGCUCAAGGGGGAUGCCCUAAAAAGGUUUCUCCAGAUCUUCUACCAGAUGCAACAGAAGCUGCAAACCAGUAUGACCAAGAAGUGGGAGCCUCUUUGACAAGACUUUCGACCUUUGGAAGAAAUCCAUUUCAUUGUCCAGAGGAUCAGGAAGCAGCCGAAAGAGAGUUUUCACUGCAGUGCCAUGACAUUGCCUUGUUGUUUGAAAAUGCUGUAAAUUACCAGCCUGUACAGUUUCAAAAUGGUAUAAAGCUUCUUGUUGACAUAGUCAGAAAAUAUGUCUAGAAGUAAUUUCUCCAACAAAAAAAAAAUAACUCCCAUAUUUGUUGUCCCAUGCCAUCUUAAUCUCAGUCCCUUUUUGGUCCAGCAUUGGCAAAAAUGAAUUAAUGUUAAUCAUGUGGUGAUUUUAUGUAAGCCUCAUUCUGCACAGCAAAGCAUUCUGAAUGAAGUUACCAAUGUAAGAAAACCAAUAUAGUGCUAUAUUUAUGGCAAAAUAUUUUUUCCUAAAAUAACACUAACAACACAAAUAACAGUAAUACAGUACUAGAAAUAAUAUCAGAUAUACAGAUCAAUGAAUCCAUUAUCACAGUACCAUGGCCACAUGCUCUAAAUGUACUUAUUACUAGUCAUAUAAACAUUGAUUUACAUGGAUUUUCUCUUCGUUAUAAUCUCAUUUAACUUGUAAAAACGACAUUAGACAUAUAUUUCAUUCAUUAUAUUUGUCAAAAUGAAUUGACAAAUAAUAAUAAUCAUUAAUAAGAAUUUUACUGUAGACAACUUGAGUUUUUACUAGUAAAAAUGGGACUGUAUUUUUCGCUUCACAGCAUCUGAACUGUUUGUUUCUGUUUUUCUUUUAGUACCGAUAGGGGGGGAUUUGUCCAUGUUCUUUAGGCGUUAUGAGGAGUCGAAGAAGUUGGAAGUGUGCAGCUAGCUCCGUGUUGCAUCAGUUGGCUAAAAUGGAAACCUACGUCGUGUUUAAAGGAAAUAAAAGAGUUACACUCCGAUUUGAGGACAUGCGAGCUGACAGGAUUGCUCAGAUAUUCCAGGAUACUGUCACAGCUUGGAAGAGACCUUCAACAGAGUUUAACGGCUACCUAUAAACCCGGCAAACGUAUACAUGACGGAUGCUGCCAACGUUGCCAUCUUUCCUUUGGAAAGUGGGAACUUCAGUGGAUUGGAUCUUAC